CGUAUAUACAUUUCGGUAGAUUCCAAAAUGGCAGAAAAGAACAGCGAGACCAAAUCAAUUUUACCUAGCGGAAUACCUGAAGCAACAUUUGUGGAAGAUGUUGAUGCUUUCAUGGCACAACCCGACAACUCAUCAGUCGAAACUGUUUUGAGUCGAUUGGAGGAACAACAUCAAAAAUAUUCAUUUAUGGAAAUGAACUUAAAAACAAAAAAGAAUCGACUAAAGGUGCAAAUACCUGACUUAAAAUCAACAUUAGCUUUUGUCGAGCAUCUUAUUGAAAGAAGGGGAAGCGAUAAGAAAUUCGAAACUCACUUUCAGCUGUCUGAACAAGUAUGGACUAAAGCUACAAUUAAGCCAACUGAAAAAGUCAAUCUUUGGCUAGGGGCUAAUGUCAUGUUAGAGUACUCUUUAGAGGAGGCAAAAGCUCUGUUGUCUAAUAAUUUAACAAGUGCAAAGGAAUCUUUAGAAGUAUGUGAUGAAGAGUUAGGAUUUAUUAGAGAUCAAACUACUACGGUUGAAGUCAGUAUCCUUUUGCAAAAAAAAUGA